AUCCUCCGUCAACAAGAUAUUGAGAUCUUAAGGUCAAGGACCGAGCGUCAGCAUUGACUUCUGCAGACUUUGCGUGAUUUCCCAACAACCACAGCCAUUGUAAAUAACAUGACGUCCAGCGCAGUCCAAGGUCACUGCGACCCCCAGUUCGACGAAAUCAAGAGGCUCUUCCAGGGAUACCUUGACUCGGGCGCCGAACUGGGUGCCUCCAUCACUGUCAACGUCGCAGGCCACGAUGUCGUCGACCUGUACGGCGGCUGGGUCGACUCGGCCCAUUCCAAGCCCUGGCAGCAGGACACGAUAGUCAACGUCUACUCGACGACCAAGGAAAUCACAUCCUUCGCGGCGCUACUGCUCGUCGACCGCGGCCAACUGGACAUCAACGCGCCCGUGGCGCAGUACUGGCCGGAAUUCGCGCAGAACGGCAAAUCCAACAUCUUGAUCCGACACCUCCUCUCGCACACGUCCGGCGUCGCAGGCUGGCAGGAACCCGUGACCGUCGACGACGUGCUCGACGUGCCCAAGUCCACAGCCCUGCUCGCCGAACAGGCACCAUGGUGGUCGCCACCAGGCACGGCGGCAGGCUACCACAGUCUGACGUACGGCCAUCUGAUCGGCGAAGUCGUCCGACGCAUCACGGGCAAAACGCUGGGCCAAUUCAUGACGGACGAGAUAUGCAAGCCGCUAGACGCCGACUUCCAACUCGGCGCCCGCGAAGAAGACUACGCACGUGUAUCCGACGUCGUCCCACCACCGGUGCCAGCUACACUGCCGGUCAUGCAGGCCGGAUCGAUCAAGUACAAGGUCUUCACCAACCCUGUGCUGGACAGCAACGGGGCCAACACACGGGCGUGGCGACAGGCCGAGAUGGGCGCGGGGAACGGCCAUUCGAACAGCCAGGGCCUCGCGCGGAUCUUGUCCGUCAUAUCCCUGGGCGGGAAGAAGACGCGAGAUGAUGAUGGGACGGGGACGAGGACGACGCCCUUCCUUUCGCCCAGCACCGUCGACUUGAUUUUCCAAGAACAGUUCAAAGGCACCGAUCUGGUCAUCGACCUGCCCGUGCGUCUCGGUGUGGGCUACGGACUCACCAGUCCACAGGGCGAUACGAUGCCGGAUUUCCUGCCGCCGGCGGGCCGCGUGUGUUUCUGGGGCGGCUACGGUGGGAGUGUCGGCAUCAUGGACCUGGACAGGAAGUUGACCAUCACGUAUGCCAUGAACAAGAUGGAGAACGCCGGCAUGGGGAACGAGAGGAGCAUCGCGUACGUCAGGGCCGUGUAUAGGGCUAUGUCGUAGGGUGGUCAAAGGCUGCGUAAGACGAGCGCUUACCUCGGAGGCUAUGCUUCACGAAGAUGUCGUUUAGGGAGUAGCUGCUAGUCAGUCUCUGGACCACAUGCGUAGUCAGCAGUGUGCUGGCAAGAUUGGGAGCAGUUAUUGCCAUCUAAGGGUUCACUUACAAUGGAAUCCCCACGAUCUAUUGUACCCAAAUCGCACAUACUACGCUUGCAUCGCCUCUGCCUAUGUCUCUACCUCUGUCC